GAAUAUCAUUAGAUGGAAAUAACGUUAUUGAUUCGUCUCAAUGGAUUGAAUUUAAUGAUACUAAUAUUCGUCACUCCGGAACGUCUUUCUUAGGUGGUAAAGCAAACGAUAAAAUUUACUUUGUAUCUAAUGCCCCUUAUGGGAAUUCUGCUGGG